AGUUGAUGUUUCUGUAGGAUCUUGACACUAUUGCAUAUAAAAAAAGAACCAUUGGGAUUGCCUAGAUUGCCUUGUGAGAAAACUUUGGAUUUUUAGCUAAUGGCUCAGUUAAUCUUCAUAAUGGUACAGAGGAAAAGUUGUUCAAACAUUGCUCAGAAGGUGUCAAAUUUGUCAGGAAUAUACCCAAUUAUAGAGGCUUGUGUGUUUCAGACAUUUUUGUUUCCACAUGCAUAUUUAAUUCUGUUUUUGAUGAGCUAGAGUCUAUAUAUUUUAGAAGUCUUUAAGAUACAUUUGGUACUCAAUUACUUAUUAUAUAUGAAAGUGAAAAAAAUAAAUUACGAGUUAAAAUCAGAUGAAAAGGGAGACGUCACAGACCCGGGACCCGGAGCAGCUCAGAGGCGGUGAAUAAUAGCUCUUCAAGUCUGCAAUAAAAAAUGGCCUCCAAUAAAACUACAUUGCAAAAAAUGGGAAAGAAGCAAAAUGGAAAGAGUAAAAAAGUUGAAGAGGCAGAACCUGAAGAAUUUGUAGUAGAAAAAGUGCUGGACCGCCGUAUAGUGAAUGGGAAAGUGGAGUAUUUCCUGAAGUGGAAGGGAUUUACAGAUGCAGACAAUACUUGGGAACCUGAAGAAAAUUUAGAUUGUCCAGAGUUAAUUGAAGCAUUUCUUAAUUCUCAAAAAGCUGGUAAAGAAAAAGAUGGAACAAAAAGAAAAUCUUUGUCUGACAGUGAAUCUGAUGAUAGCAAAUCAAAGAAGAAAAGAGAUGCUGCUGAUAAACCGAGAGGUUUUGCCAGAGGUCUUGAUCAAGAACGAAUAAUUGGUGCCACAGACAGCAGUGGAGAAUUAAUGUUCCUCAUGAAAUGGAAAGAUUCCGAUGAGGCAGACUUGGUACUGGCAAAAGAGGCAAAUAUGAAGUGUCCUCAAAUUGUAAUUGCUUUUUAUGAAGAGAGUCUAACUUGGCAUUCUUGUCCGGAAGAUGAGGCUCAAUAAUUGUUUGCAUUGCCUUUUAUAUAUAUAUAUAUAUAUAUAUAUAUAUAUAUAUAAAACAUGGGUCUUGGUUUUUUGAUUUAUUAGUGUGAAGAAAUAACUACAUUCUAAUGAAAAUCAGGUUUGAUUUGUUUGUUUUGAAGUAAUAUUGGGAAAGUUACAUUGGGUUUUUUGGGUUUUUUUCCAUCUGUAGCACUGGUUACUUUGAACAAAUAAAAGCUUUCUGUAGUUGCCUCCUUCAGUAGGAAAUAAUUUGAUACCAUGGUAUAUUAUUUCCUCAGCAUUAGAGAACAGUUUUUCUAAAUGUUGGAGGAAAUCUCCAUAGUCAUUACUCAAUCAGAAUUUAGAAUUUGCAUUUAACUCAUAUAUGCCUGAGGACCAUUCUAAGUUUUUUAUAUGUAUACAUAAAAGACAUAUGUAAAUGGUUUGGGAGUUAAUUUUUUUGUUGUGGUUUUUGUUUUGGUAAAUAUAUUUAAAUCACAGCCUUUCAUAACCAUGGAUAAGCCCAUGUUCUGGAAUUACAUCAUUUUGAGCAAUAUAAGAAAUAACUUCAACUUAGAUUAAAAAUUUAAGUCUUAACCUUUCAAAUUAAAUAAUUUUGUAAUUAAUUAGACACAUUAAGGAAUUUAAAUUGGGUAAUUUUUUAAAGCAUCCCUAUCAGAAUCUGCAUAUAAAUGCAGUUUUAUAUGCAGAAACCCUGGAAGGAAAAUUUUUAUCGCUAUCAACCACCUUCCCAAUCAAAU